CCAUCUUAUUGGAAAAAAAAAUGAAAUUAUGUAUGGCAAUAAUUGUUUGAUAUAGAUAAAGAAAUAAAAUAAACAAAUAAACAUUGAGCCGCUUUAAUUAAAUUUAAUAAAAAUUGUGUUCUAACCGAACUUUUGCCACGCGCCGCGAAGCUUCAGAUCGCCGAAAACAAGGGAUUUGUGUGGACUAUAAGGUGCCCAUUUGAGGUCCGUGUUGCUAACGCGCUCAAUCCGCGCGUAUGAUUUAUAAGUGGGCCGGAAUCAUUCUAUUCUUAUAGAGACUGGGCUUUGACAAAACAAACCCACGUAUCUACAUGCAGUUUUUCAUACAUAUACAUAUACAUAUAUAUAUAUAUAUAUGUUACAAUUUAGAUCGGGUUGUGCAUAUGUAUAGUAUUAGAUUAGAUAAUACAGGCAGAUUUACUAAUUUUUUACAGCUAAUUAUAUUUUGCAUAUAAAAACUCUAAACUCUAAAAUAUAAAAAGAAAAAGAAGAUUACACUGUAUAACUUGAAAAAAAAAAUGUCAUGUAACCAAAAUCGUAACACAAAAAUAUAGCUUCAAUAAUUUCAGUAUGAUUCUACUAAUUUUUCCGACACUAUAUUAUACAAUACCUUAAUCUUAUUUUAUUCUCAAAGGCUAAAACCCAUUUGUAACGUUGACUUGACUUAACGAUCUGAGCGUCCGUACAACGCUACGCGUUGAUCCAACACACAGCAAACAUGACGCAUAUAAAUGUCGUCCGACCAACCUCCGACCAUAACACACAGAUGGCAAACUGGACAGAGCUCCCGCCGGAGAUUCUGGUCUCAAUCGCCAACCGCUUUGUUGGCGAUGAUCCUUUCGACGUCACACGUUUCCGCUCUGUCUGCCGUUCAUGGCGUUUCUCUGUCCCUCGCCGGAAAUCUUCGCCGGAUCUUCCUCUCCGCCUCCCCGUCUGGUUCUCACCUCGUCAAAACGCCCCUCCUCCUGGACAUUUCAAGCUCACUCGGCGCACCAUCUAUGCCGUCGAGCAAGUAAUGGUGAACAACCAAGUUCCAUGUCCAAAAUGGCUACUCAAGCUACAAGAAAUCACUCCGGGGAAGAUGCGUCUUUCGCCGCUCCUCGCCAGCUACCAAAUCUGCCAUCCGCCGGAAAUGUUUCCCAGGAUCCUGGAUCUGUCGAAUCUUCGUGUCUCGACAAUCAGCAGAGGAUAUGAUCUCAAUUACAUGCCAGAAAGAGGCGUGAGUCUCUCCUUCUGCGGCGAUUAUUACUCGCUUCAAGCCGAGAGGGUGGCAAUCUCCGCGAAAUCUGGCGAAGAUUUCGCCAUCAUGGCGAUACAUAGCGGAGGAAAUCUCGCUUUCAUGAAGGCCAGAGAUGAGAGAUGGACUGAUGUAGAUGGCCAAACCACCCGCUACGAUGAUAUCAUCUACCACGAUGACAAAUUCUACGCCGUUGAUUGGAUGGGGAAGACCUUUACCAUUGAUUCCCGAUUCGAAUUCCAUCCUCAUGAACUUGCCCAAGUGCCUGGAGAAGGAUCUAAGAAACAUCUGGUAGAGUCGAAGUCGACAGAUGAUUUGCUGAUGGUCGACAAGUACAUGGACGAUGUUUCAGGGGAAGACUUCACCACGAAAACGGUACAACUCAAGGUUUACAGGCUGAAAAAAGAGUUGCAGAGAUGGGAGGAAGUGGAAAACUUGGGAGACGAAUCACUGUUCCUCGGCGAUGACUGUUCCUUCUCUGUCAUGGCAGAAGAUCUUCCAGGUCUCAAAAGCAACUGCAUAUUUUUCAAAGAUCGUCGCUUUAGUAGAUACAACUACAAUCCUGAUUCACUUAGACAGGUUCUAAGCGAUGAUAUCGGUGUUUUCACCUUGGAUGAUAAGUGUAUUCGUCCUCUUACCGCCUACAUAGAGAUUUGCCUCUUGUUCUGGCCGCCAUCAACAAUGGGUCUCAAGCUCUGCUUCCAAAAUCAACAGCCAUGCGAGUUCUCGAGAGUUGAGCUCUAGAAAUGGCUCUUUGUAUCUUUGUGACAGUGUGUGUGUGUGUAUGUUCUUCAUAAGAAAGCUUCAAUCUGUUUCACUUGAAUCCAGAGAUGAGACGUUUAUA